AUGCGAAGAAGAUGUGCAUCAGGGCAGAGCCUCGACGACUUCCAUCCUCGAUACUGCGCAGCCUCCGAACUAUCAUCAUUUCAACAGUUGAUCGUCUCACUACUAUUUCAUUCAGCACAUUUUGAUUGCAUUUUUGCAGCGUCGCCUGUUGGUUUUACAAUCCAGACCUGCUUCCGGGAAUUGUUUGUGAUUAUGGAGUGGCAAAACGGCCGUAUUCUGGACGUCCUCUGGAAAUGUGAUACACUGUUGGUAGCCAUACUACAGAAGUUGGAUCAGCAUAAAAAUUAUCUGCAUAACACGGAUGAUCCAUUUCUAUGUACACAUGAGGACGACCGAAAAGUAUUUAACAUGUACAUGCGUAUCAGAGAAAAAGCUGUAGCAGCUGACAAAGGUAAGCUUUUUUGGCUUUUUACAAAUCCACUCACAGGAGUUGUUUCGCGGUGA